AUGCGCGGCUUUAAGGAUGCAGCGACUUUUGAGCCCUUUGCCGCCCAUGUAUGGGAGCGCUGUCGCUCUUCUGCUCAAAUCGCAGACUCGUCUCUUCCGUUGGUUCGAAAAGUCUGCCAGACUAAGCCGCUUUCCACCAAUGCCAUCCCUGUGAGGGCGCAGAAGGUUCUUUUGGCCUACAGCCCACCUCGUGCACUGCCUUGGCGCUCAGCGCAGUCCAGCACUCUAGGAUCAGUUUCCUUGCUUCCCUUCAGCUACACGAUCGGCUGUGCGGUACAUCGUACGAUUUCUGGUCUUUCAGCUGCCAGAGUUUCUGCCCUUCCCAUCUCUUUCCAGCUGCAAGAAGGGUUGCAGCGAUUACGUUUUCGGAACCUGACCGAGGUCCAGCGGUUCUGUCUUCUGCGUGCGUUGGGGGGUACAAGCCUCGUUGUUGCUGCAAGGCCAGGAACGGGUAAAACAGUCGCUUACCUGCUUCCAGUUCUACAGCGGUUUGUGGCUGAGAACGAACGCCAGAAUGGGGUGGAUAACACACACGCCCCAACCCCACGGCCCUUUGCUCUUAUCGUAGUUCCAUCCAGAGAGCUUGCAAAGCAGGUGACAAACGUUGCCGUGGCGUUACUACCCCAUGCACCGGUGUUGCUGCUAGAUCCCACCGCCUCCCUGCGGCACCAACAACAAUUGCUGCGGCACCUACCUGCAAAAAUUAUUGUAGGCACGCCAGAUAGGAUACUCUCUCUCCUGCGGGAGAAACGUCCAGCGACACAUACCGCAUCAGCGGCAGGAGAGUCCACUCAGCUGAGUCUGGAUAUGCUGCGGGUGCUGGUUGUCGAUGAGGCAGAUGCCCUGCUACGUCGUGAUUACCACUCUAAAGUGCAGCGCAUCUACUGGACCGCCAUGGGGUGGGAAAAGGGUAAAGAACGCCCUCCAGAAGGCACUCGUGGGAUCCAGCGAAACGGCGGGGACUUGCAGGUGUUAUUUUUCAGUGCCGUCUUGCCAUCGAACCUGAUGGCCAGCUUCAAAGCGGAUUUCCCGCAAGCCGAAUUGCUAAACUUGCUCGAUUCCUCGAAGGAUCUGCCGCGGGGAGGGCUGACUGCAAACGGCGUAUCUGCAGCAGAGAGUCAUGAAGCAGAAUCCACCAGCGUCGGCCACACCCCAGGCAGUGCAGUAGCUGGAGUAGGAGUACAGCGUCAUGUUUGUUAUCUUCCCCCCCGGACAGCCCCCGGCACUUUAGACGACAGUCUCAUCCAAAAUGACAGCAUACUUGGAGGCGAGGGACGCUCUCGACGGCAGAAAUCACAGGAGGAAACUCAUAUUGAAAAAGAGCGAAAGAUGCUGGCUUUAGCAGAGACUCUGAGGACUCAUCUUCUUCUGAAAUCCACUGCGGCUGAAACUUCUCCUCAGUGCAUAGUCUUUGCCGAUUCUCAAGACGAGGUUCGCUACAUCAAGAACCACCCCUUGCUUGAUGCUUGGCGCGUUGUCGCGAUACACUCGAACAUGGACGCGGUGGACCGGCAGCAUAGCAUGCAAACUUUCGCAGAGGGAGACGUGAGGCUCACACGAGGAAGAUGCUCUGACAGGCGCUUUCACGCUUCAUUCAUCCUCAUCUGGUGCUUUCUAGUUAAAAAUUGCUGCAGUCAUGCUGAUUGCGCAAGCCAAUGUUCAUUGCACAGUGUUGCAAGCAUGGGCUUUUCGCAGGCAUCAGUGCUAGUUAGCACAGACGUGGUUGCUCGUGGCCUCGACAUACCAUCUGUUGCCUUGGUCGUUCACAUGCACCCGCCAACUCCCCCAGUGAAUUAUACCCACAGAACUGGCCGCGCAGGUAGAGGCACAAUUCCGGGAACGUCCGUUGUACUCUGUAGCAGCUUGGAACUCCGCAAUCUUCGGGAAGUUGAACGACUGGGGGAUAUCUGCUUCGAGCGUCGAGCACUGCCAGCCGUUGCUGAUUGUCAGGAACUUGCUCUGAGACAGAUAACAGCCGACAUGCUGGGUGUCCCCCCUACCCAGUAUGCACCGUUACUAGACCUCGCACGACGUCUUCAUGAGAAAUCAGGGGUUCAAGCGCUUGCAGCCACGCUGGCUAAGUUGGGUGGGGCAGCUGCUUGCGCUGGACCUGGGCUGGCAAACGCUAGCUGCCGGUCAACUCUAUCGGGAAAACAUGGUUUUGUGCCGCUACUUCUAUAUGACCCUACCCAUGGUGCUGUGGGAAGGAUCAUCAAGAGCGUCAACGGUUUCGUGGCGGAUGUUUCCAAGACAUACGUUCCACAUGUAUUACAUCAAAAUAUAGAUAGGGAGAACUCUAAUGAACUGUUGGCUUCGACCCAUGCAGGCGAUGUCAACGGGCCGUGGGUUCCAGUAUUCCAAUUAGACCAUCUUCCGCGACUUCUCAGUCAUGGGAUUGGGAGGCGCCGCAAAGGAAGUAAAUUACCAUGGACAAGAAUGAAGAUCUCUGUUGUACGUGCAAAAUAUCAAGCACGUCAUGGAGCCUUCGACAAGGGCCGCAUCUCUAAAAGUACUGCUUUGCAUCUCCAAGCCUUGAAAACUACAACCACGGGGGAUGCUGGUAGCUCAGGUGUGAAGCAGUAA